AUUUAAAAAGAAAAUGUGGCUUGCAGUUCACUAAACUGAUUUCAUCACCACUAGUGGGUCACAACACUGUCUGAAAAACUCUAUUCUACAGAAAAUAUGGAGGCAGCUCUCCUCUCUCCCCAAAUUUUAAGUCUGGUGACUAUGAACCAUAACUGAUAGUUUCAAAAGUCAAGUCAUAUUUAUACAAAAGAAAAAUUGGGGAAUGAUUAUACUUUCUAAAAUAUGUAUGUUUCAAAACAAGUUAAUUCCUAUAAAGCACUGGAAAUAGAGUGCUUAGAGAUGCUGGAGAGAUAGGAAAUGGAUUGGAAGAGUUGAUGGGGCCUUCUUGGAGAAAGCAGAUCUUGAGCAAAACAUGAGGGGAAGGAGGAUUGGUGGUUUUAUAAGAAGUGGGAGGUGUCUGAGAUUGAGAGGCAGCAUAUUCAUCAGGAACUGCAGAAACUCAAGUCAGAGGUCUUGCAUGCCAGGCAUUUCUGCUGUCUCUGUUUCUGGCAUAGGCCUUGCAUAUACUCUUACCUCUCCCUAGACCACACUUCUUCACUUAUUUACAGAUACUCGUCCUUCAUCCUUCAGAGUUCAACAUGUGGACACUUCUCAGAACACCCACGUCUACAUCAAAUUACCUCUGUUUAAUACUUUCGUAGCACCACAUAUAUCCCCCCUUUGUAACACUCAUCACUGGUCGCAGUUUUAUAUUUAUAGAUGUGAUUAUUUGAUGAUUAUGCUUUCUCCCUGACUGAAAGCUAUGUGAGGGCAAGGAGUGGGACAGUUUUUACUUGUUAUAGUCCCUAAACCUGGCACACAAUUUAUGGUCAUUAAAUACUGGUAUUUGCUAAAUGAACUCCUGGUAAUUUGGUUAGAGUCCAGCCUCCUCACUCUCUGCUUAGUGCUGCAGGUGGAAGGUGACUUGAGCCUUGGAAAGUGUCAGACUCUUCCUUUUAAACCCCUUUCUACAGAGGAAGAAUUCUCCUGCUUGUGGCAGGAAUGUGGCUUUUGUUCUCUGGACAGUUCUGCUGACCUCAUCCGCCAUGUCUACUUCCACUGCUACCACACCAAGCUGAAACAGUGGGGGCUGCAGGCCUUGCAAAGCCAGGCUGACCUCGGCCCCUGCAUCCUGGACUUCCAGAGCCGGAACGUCAUCCCUGACAUCCCUGACCACUUCCUGUGUCUGUGGGAGCACUGUGAGAGUUCCUUCGACAAUCCUGAGUGGUUUUAUCGCCAUGUGGAAGCCCACAGUCUGUGCUGUGAAUAUGAAGCAGUCGGCAAGGACAACCCUGUGGUGCUGUGUGGCUGGAAAGGCUGUACCUGCACCUUCAAGGACCGCAGUAAACUUCGGGAGCAUCUCCGCAGCCAUACCCAGGAGAAAGUGGUAGCCUGCCCCACCUGUGGGGGCAUGUUUGCCAACAAUACCAAGUUCUUAGAUCACAUCCGUCGCCAGACCUCAUUGGAUCCCCUUCUUUCUUCUGCCUGCCCCACCCCAGAGCAGCACUUCCAGUGUUCUCACUGUUCCAAGAGAUUUGCCACAGAGCGGCUGUUGCGGGACCACAUGCGCAACCAUGUGAAUCACUAUAAGUGCCCUCUGUGUGACAUGACUUGUCCACUGCCUUCCUCUCUCCGCAACCACAUGCGCUUUCGUCACAGUGAGGACCGGCCCUUUAAAUGUGACUGUUGUGACUACAGCUGCAAGAAUCUUAUUGACCUCCAGAAGCACCUGGAUACCCACAGCGAGGAGCCAGCCUACAGGUGUGAUUUUGAGAACUGCACCUUCAGUGCCCGUUCCCUCUGCUCUAUCAAGUCCCAUUACCGCAAAGUACAUGAAGGAGACUCUGAGCCAAGGUACAAAUGUCAUGUGUGUGACAAAUGCUUCACACGGGGUAACAACCUCACCGUGCACCUUCGUAAGAAGCACCAGUUCAAGUGGCCUUCAGGGCAUCCCCGUUUUCGGUACAAGGAACAUGAAGAUGGCUACAUGCGGCUGCAGCUCGUUCGCUAUGAGAGUGUAGAGCUGACACAGCAACUGUUGCAGCAACCACAAGAGGGAUCAGGCCUGGAAGCAUCACUGAAUGAGAGCAGCCUGCAGGGCAUUAUUCUAGAAACAGUGCCAGAGGAGCCAGGACGUAAAGAAGAGGAAGAGGGCAAGGGCGGCGAAGGGACAGCCCUCUCGGCCUCUCGGGACAACCCCAGUUCUGUCAUCCAUGUGGUAAAUCAGACCAGUGCUGAAGGCCAGCAAGAGAUUGUCUACUAUGUGCUCUCUGAAGGCCCGAGAGAGCCUCCCCCAGCCCCUGAGCCACCCUCAGGGGAUAUCAUGGAAAAGUUUCAAGGAAUAGCUGAGGAGCCAGAGAUCCAGAUGGUGUGAAGGCCGCAGAGCCAGACCACUUCUUCCCCAGGCCCCAGAAUUUGAGCCAGGCAAGUGGCAGUGUCCCUUGGGCAGCCGUUGCCAAUGGAUGCCUUUAGGAGUGGUGCUGAGAGGAGUGUGGUCCAUUCUGGCCCAAGUUUGCAUCAUUGUGCGGACUCUAAAGACUUCCCGUUUCUGCCAGACUGCAUUUUGUGAGGAGCCUGAGGACUUUGUAUUCUUGAGGGGCUCCUGGAUUUGUGUGUUCUUAUUAAAGGGGCUGUUAUCAGACUUAACCAUAACCCCCAAGACAUGCUUGACAGUGAUUAAAUCCUUAGCUCACAUCCAUUCCCAUCUUUAGAGGUCCUUAGGCCCAAGGGUGGCAUGUGAUGCGUCCCUACAAGGGUCCUUUCUUCAUCACCAGCCAAGGCAUUGAGAACCAAUUAACCAUUUUCCUCUUAAGGUUUCCUCUACAACCCCAAGGACUUUCAUGGUUAUCCUCAGGGACAGAAUUGGAGGCAUUGAGUGUGUUUAUUAACGAUUGUUUUUGGUAAUAAAAGAAAUGCUUGAACUCUUA